GUCUACACACUUUCUGUGUCUGGAGACAGACUAAUUGUGGGGACGGCAGGUCGGAGAGUGCUGGUGUGGGAUUUGCGGAACAUGGGCUACGUUCAGCAGCGAAGAGAAUCAAGUCUGAAAUACCAGACCCGCUGUAUCAGAGCAUUUCCAAAUAAACAGGGUUAUGUUUUGAGUUCUAUUGAAGGUCGUGUUGCAGUGGAAUAUUUGGAUCCAAGUCCAGAAAUCCAGAAGAAGAAAUAUGCAUUUAAAUGUCACCGUUUGAAGGAAAAUAACAUUGAGCAGAUUUAUCCAGUUAAUGCUAUUUCUUUCCAUAACGUCCACAACACGUUUGCUACAGGAGGUUCAGAUGGAUUCGUAAACAUUUGGGAUCCGUUUAAUAAAAAGCGGCUGUGCCAGUUCCAUCGGUAUCCCACGAGCAUAGCAUCGCUUGCCUUCAGCAACGAUGGAACUACCCUCGCGAUAGCUUCUUCCUAUAUGUACGAAAUGGAUGACAUUGAACAUCCCGAAGAUGGUAUCUAUAUUCGCCAAGUGACAGAUGCAGAAACAAAACCCAAGUGA